UUGUGUGUGGGGGGGAAGCUCGGCUCUUUUCCUCCGCCUUUUCCCACCCCAGCCUCCGUUCACGCGCCGCCGCUGUUUCCCUCACGGGCUUCCUUCCCCUCUUCCGCCAUCGCGUGGCGUGGCCGGGGGGCGCCAGGUGCUCAGCCUCCCCUCGCCCCACCCGUUUUCCCGAGGAGAAUAUUCGCCGCCGACAACGCUUCGUAACAUCUCCACACGUUCAAAUUCAAGGCGGGAUGUGUGUGUGUGUGUGUGUGUGUGAAGGUGAACCGCGGCGGCCCCUCAUUUCCCUCGUCCCCCGAAGGAGCCCCGAGGCGGUAGAAUGGGCCGCGCCGCUCCUGGAAGAAGUACAUUGAAAGUUGAAGAAGAUGAAACAGCUAAAAAGGAAAAGGAAAAGCAAUUUUAGUGUUCAGGAAACUCAAACACUACUUAAAGAAAUCCGAAAAAGGAGAGAAGUGCUUUUUUCUAAACAAUUAAAUACAACCAUUAAUGAGAUGAAGCGGAAGGCUUGGGAGGAAAUAGCAGAAUGUGUUAAUGCUGUUGGUGAAGGAGAGCAAAGGACGGGGACAGAAGUCAAAAGGCGAUACCUCGAUUGGAGGGCCCUUAUGAAACGGAAGCGACUUAAUACCAACAUAAAGCUUGUGGGUGCUGGCUUUCACCUUCCGUCAUCUGAUUUGGAUGAUUCUCUCAACGAAGAUAUUGAUGAGAAAAUUGGAUUUCCAACUGAAGCUGGUUUUGAAUGGCAGAAUAUUACAGACUUCAGAGAAGCAGGUGGAUCAUUAACAGAAAUAAAGGUGGAAGAAGAGGAGGAGGAUCCACAGAGUUUUGAAGUAAGUAGUUCCUGCAUGUUUCCUAUUGAGGAAGAAGAGGAGAUUCUGUCCUCAGUGUUGCCAGAUUCUAAAAAGGAAAGUGACCUUCCUGAUUUCACUCACAUCGAAGAGUUUGGCAAUCUAAGCUCUGCUCAAGCUAGGCUGGCCUAUGAAGAUUCUCAUCUGCUGAUUAGCCUGGAAAAACAGAAGCUGGAGUUAGAGAAACAGCGACUGGAUAUUGAAGCAGAACGCCUGCAAGUGGAGAAGGAGCGCCUGCAGAUCGAAAAAGAGCGGUUACGACACAUUGACCUGGAGCAUGAGAGGCUUCAACUGGAAAAGGAGAGAUUACAAAUGGAGCGAGAGAAACUGAGGCUUGAGGCUUUGCAUGCUGAGAAACCUGUGCUGGAAAAUGACCCCAGCCAGUCAGAAAAACCUGCCUUGCAACCUCUGGAUCUAGAAACUGAAAAACUAAAAAUUGAAAAGGAGCGCUUACAGCUCGAGAAGGAGAGGCUGCAGUUCUUGAAGUUUGAAUCAGAGAAAUUGCAAAUCGAAAAAGAACGUUUGCAAGUGGAGAAGGAGCGCCUUCGAAUUCAGAGGGAAGGGCACCUGCAAUGAACUUGGAGAAACUAUGAUUAACAAUGCUGUGCUUCGUUUGUUCUUCCCCCUUUUUUCUUUUUGAAAGGGUAGCUUGGUUUCAGUAAAAGUGUUGGAUAGUCUGGUUGUCAAAGCAUUUCACCAUCCAAGAGAAUCCUGGUUUCCAUUGCUUUGAUACUGUGAUGCUUACAUCUUGACAGUACUUUUUUUUCCCGUUGCCAGAGUUGAACAUUAAUGUGUUCAAGUUUAAAAGAAGCUAAGGAAUGGUGCUCAGUAAGUCAGUGUGCCUGUGUAAAUGGAGCUUAUGUGUGAAAUUGCAUUUCAGUGUAAGAGAAGUGUUAAAUGUCCUCUUGCAUUCUCUGUUGUAUAGAUUUGCCUCCACAUUAAGCAUCAAGGCUUAGCUGUAUCCUGUCCUUCUUAAGAUUGUUAUUCUAAAUCCAUAGGAGCUUUCAACAAAUUUGCAUUUGAUCUAAAGGAAUGAGAUUAAAGGUAGGCCUUAAUGCUUUACAUAGUGUUAACCAUGAAAGUAAUGCCUUUAAAAUGAGGUGUGUUCUUCUCUAGAGAAAUGUUGAAAGGUCAGACUUUGAGGCUCUCAGUAGUUUUCCUACUCAACUAUGUUUGUUAGUAGAAAAAAAGAAUAAAUGAAGCUUCAUGUAUGAAAACACAGAUUUCACCAUUUAUUUCCAAGCCAGAUCUUAGAACCUCUGGCUUCUGUAGAUAGCUUUGGUGGCCCACUUUGACAUUGAAGUGUUUGAGCAGAAAUAUAUCUUGUGGGAUUUACAUAGAUUAUUUGUACAUGUCAGUUUAUUUAUAUCACUAUGUAAUUACUUUUAUUUUGCAAAUAAAGUGUUAUUUUUUCUUACUGAAA